AUGAAGGGCAUCUCGGAUGGCCCAGCUAAUGUUAAUGGCUCAUCAAAUGGCGUCAGCCCCGCGGACGAUAUGCCAUAUUCUGCCAAGGCACAAAUAGGAUAUCGGAAGUGCCUGGCGGACCCAUCAUUGGGACGUCGUCAGAACCCUGGGUUGGUAAGGGUCUUUGCCUAUCUGCCGCUCUGGUCGAGCACAAACUACAUGAAGGUUCUGUCUGCCACCCGACCAAUUUGUUAUCUUUGCCCGAUGGGCCCGGAAAUCAUCGCCAUCGCAAGGGAUGACGGAUGGUCCAUCCGUAGCCCCUUCCAUCAUGCAACAUACAUGCUGCACACAUCCAUCACCAUUCUCAGGAAUACACACACGUUGAGUCCACCCGUCGCCUUCGCCGAGACCAAAUCUACGGGCUCCACCAUUCUCGGCUAUAUACGACGAGUGCUGGGCCCAUCCGUCGUCCUUUCCGAUUCCACAGUCAUGGGUGGAAGGGUCUAUUCCUGA